AUGAUUUUAGAGGGAUUUUGGGAACGGGCCGAUCGAACCGCAGUUCAAGCUGGCGAUUCCGUCACGUUCAUUUGCCGUGUGUGGCAAGUUGUCCCGGUCACCGGUGUGACCGAACUCGAUCGGAUCAUGUUGGAUAAUGAAAUUGUCAAACAAUCAGUCUAUCUGUAUUGCCCACUGAGUGUGGCCUAUUGUUCUCAGGAUUGUUUAUUGGUCGAUACAAAUUGGCCAAUGCGAUGCACGAAACAAGUUCGCACUUUGUUUGAGGCUCAGCAUGUACCGACCGCUCUCAGGCAUCGACAUGUACAGCAAUGGAAGUUGCAGGAAGUGAUUUACACGCUGGAUAUUGUCACAGUUGGAGCAAGUGGAUCUUGGUCCUGCUCUUACGGUGGCUUUCAGUCUUCCAAUUCCGGAUUGAGAGUUCGAGGUAUGUUUUAG